AGUACCGCGCCUGGUUUAUCGAGAAAAUCUCUAUAAAUAAGAAGAGGGCAUACCAAUGGCAGCCAUAUCUCUUCAAACAGCAACUAUGGCUGAAGAAGUAAAGCUUUUUGGCACAUGGGCAAGCCCCUUUAGCCGCAGAAUUGAAGUGGCCCUCAAGCUGAAAGGAGUUCAAUUUGAGUACAUAGAAGAGAACUUGUCCAAUAAGAGUCCUGCGCUUCUCAAGUAUAAUCCAGUUCACAAGAAAAUCCCUGUGCUUGUACACAAUGGAAAGCCGGUUGCAGAGUCACUUGUCAUCCUGGAGUACAUUGAUGAGACCUGGAAACAUAAUCCCAUCUUGCCUGCAGACCCUUAUGAGAAGGCCAUGGCACGGUUCUGGGCUAAGUACAUGGAUGACAAGCUCUGGCCGGCAGCAACAAAGGUCGUGGUGAGUAAGGGAGAGGAGCAAAAGGCAGUGAUUGAAGAAAUCCAGGAGCAGCUGAAAACUCUAGAGAGUGAGCUGAAAGAGAAGAAAUUCUUUGGAGGGGAGAGUUUGGGAUUUGUAGACAUAGCUGCAAACAUUAUAGUUUUUCUUCUUGUUGCCCAAGAAGCUCUGGGAUUAAUGGAGAUCCUGACCGAAGAGAAGUUUCCUGUUUUGCAUGAAUGGUAUCAAAGGCUUGUCGAUGAUGCUGUUUUCAAGGAAUGUGUGCCACCAAGGGAGCGACAUCUUGGCUUCUUCAAAGCUCGGUUUGGAUCCUCGACGGCUUCCAAAUGAAGAGUUGGUUUAUGUCUGUGCAUGAGUUGAUAGGGGAGGAACCUUGCUAGUUGCUUCUCAUACAUGUGUUUCAGUUGUGUACUUUGAAGUUGUGUCAUGGACUUUACCCUGUUGCUGGGGACGACAACUUAAAAAUAAAUUGGAGUAGUAUUCUAUGUUCAUCUGAAUAAAAUUAAUCAUAUUGUUUCAUAAA